AUGUCCGCAAACGGCAUGGUAUCCUUACCCGUCUAUGUAGCCGAUGCAUUCGUUUCAAGUGGCAGUAACAACAACUUCACUGGCAACCCCGCAGGAGUUGUGGUACUCCCACCGGGCCUAUCGCUAAGGGAAGAGGCGUACCGAGCCAUAGCUGCCGAAUUACGGCACUCUGAGACUGCUUUCCUCAGCCCUAUAUCUACGGGAAGAUAUGCACUUAGAUGGUUCACCCCGACGAAUGAAGUCCCCCUGUGCGGCCACGCUACUCUAGCAGGGGCUCGCUGCUUGGAUGACUUGAACGCCUCCACUGGGGAGGACACGCCCGAGAGGUACGUGUUUGAGACGGCUUCAGGAGAACUGGUGGUGACACGCGACGCCAGAGUUGAUGUACAGGGCUUGUAUUGGCUUGAAUUCCCAAGGAACCCUCCGGAAGACAUCUGGCAGCCCGACAGCUCCCCACGAUGGGCCUAUGAUAUCAUUUCGGGUCUAGGUCUGCCGAUGGACCAGGUUGCUAUCUCGAGAGUAACGGAGGUUGCUGUGUCGUACAAGGCGAAGAAGCUGUUGGUGAUCUGUCGAGGCAUAGAAGGAAUCAAGACGCUUCAACCGGUAGCUCUCCCGAGGCUGAGGCGGCUCGAGCUUGUGCAUCAGGAUGAGAGGACGCUAUAUAAUUCACAUAGGGAUGAUAUUAUACGAGGAGUUAGCGUUAUGUGCUACCUCGAACAGCGACAGGAGAUGACUACAUUAGUGUACUCGAGAUAUUUUGCACCAUGGAAUGGCAUUCCUGAAGACCCAGUGAACGGCAGCAGUCACACUGUCAUUGCCCCUUACAUCAGUUCAGUCACCGGCACUAAGGGGUAG